AUGGCUCAACAAGACCAGAGCAGUAACAGUCGGUCUGGACUCAAAAAGGAUCGUAAUGGUAAUACUAUAUGGAUUGACGGUAUUGGCAACGCGAAUAAACAGGUUGGCCACAACAACGAGGCUUCAAUGGUGGGCAAAGUGAACGGCUCAGCACAGGAUGGAAUUUGCAACAAGAACGACACCAAGGGAGAUGACAAUCUCAACCGGCAAAACGGCAAUUCCAACACCAGCGAAACCAAGGGCGAUAAGUGCGAGACAAAUCAGCAUGGGAACGGAAACAAGAGCUUGAUAACGAAAUUCGGCUCCGUCAUCUACCAGAUCGGCAAUGCCAUGAAAGAUGGGUUUUCAACGCCAUUGGAAAAUAUACCGCCAGAAGUCAAAGCAAAGCUGAAGACAAUGAAGGGAUGGCUCCCAAACAAGUCUUCCAAAUGA